AUGACUGCUACAGCGUUCUUGCCCAUGGCUAUGGAGUCGUCUGUCCUGUACGACGCACUUGUCUCAUUUGCCUCAGGGCACCUAGCUUUGAGUGACCAAUCGUACAAGCUUUCGGCAAUUGAGGCUCACUCAACGGCCAUGACCAAUCUCGCCACGGCUCUGAGCACACCACAGAAUGACAUUACUUGGUAUGAGACCAAAGCAGCAACUUGCUUAGCCUUCGUGAUUGGCGAGGUUUGCGCGGGGAGCAACCGCGGAUGGUACACCCACCUCAAUGGAGCAAAGCACAUCAUCGAGUCUGCCAGUGUGAACACCAGCUCAGGAAUCACACUGCAUGGACCAGAUGUUUUCAAAAAGAGUUCAGAGGGCCAGUGGAUCCUUCGCAACUUCGCGUAUCACGAUAUUGUUGGUAGUGUCACACUCCGGAGGCGUCCUCUUCUGGACUGCAGCUACCUGGACGGCAUCACCGACGUCGUUGAUACGUACCUGGGCGUGGCAACAGAGCUUUUGCGCUACGUCUCAACUCUCUGUUUUCUCGAUGAAGAAACCAAAUUGGACCUGGACUUACCUGCUGAAGAGACAGCGAGAAGGAUGAUUCAGUUUCACAGCACCUGCGCCGAGGUUGAACAAGAGCUGCAAGACUGGCGCUGCCGCCCUGAUGCUGCGCCAGAGUUAGUAGCGCUGGCCAACGCCUUUCGAAGCGCGGUUUUGAUCUUUCUUUACCGCCUCGUGCGCACUCGUAUGGAAGACGAAGCCUCAUCUGCAGAAGACGAUUGGCUAAAGGCGGUCAGUGGCUGGGAUAUUCUGCCAACAAAACUUCGCACACAGAUCUCAAAUAUUCUAAGGCACGUCUCCGACAUCCCAGUCGGCAGCCAUGCCGAAUCGGCCAUCCUCUUUCCGCUGUUCCUUGCGGGCGGCGAGGCAACUGAGGAGGAUCACAUUGAGGCAGUCCGCAGUCGACUGCAGAUGACUUUGAAGAAGCGACGAUUCCAGAACAUCGCGUUGUCUCUGGACAUGCUCGAAGAUCUCUGGCAGAAACGCAAAUCUGAAGACGGAAUUCGGGUCGAUUGGACGCAGAUCGUGGACGCAUCUGAAGAGCCUCUGCUUUUGACGUAG